CACGUCGCCAGAUUUGAAAGGGAGCAGGUGAGAGAGGAGGUGUAUCAUUCGGACAUAGAUCUAGAGAGAGAAACACGUAAAGAAGAUGGUUGAAUAUUCGUUAGGGGAAACAGCUCUCCACUGGGGAGAUAUCCUCGUGAUAUUGGGAUAUCUUGCUGCUGUGAUGGCCGUCGGAAUUUGGUCAUCAUGCAGAAAUCGAGGCAGUGUUGGAGGUUACUUCUUGGCAGGAAGAAGCAUGCAUUGGAUUCCUGUUGGAGCUUCGUUGUUUGCCAGUAAUAUUGGCAGUGGUCAUUUUAUUGGCUUAGCAGGGUCUGGUGCAUCCAGUGGCAUUGGGAUUGCAGUGUUUGAACUCAACGCCAUUUUUAUCCUGCUCAUUCUAGGAUGGAUAUUUGUACCUGUAUAUAUUGCUGCUGGGGUCUACACCAUGCCAGAGUACCUCAGAAAGCGGUUUGGUGGUCAACGCAUACGGAUCUAUCUGGCCGUCUUGACUUUGAUUUUGUAUGUCUUCACCAAAAUUUCAGCAGAUCUGUAUUCUGGAGCCCUGUUCAUUCAGCUGGCCAUGGGUUGGAACUUACCUCUUGCCAUCACUGCUCUCCUGCUCUUGGCUGCCCUCUUUACCAUUGCUGGUGGUCUAACUGCUGUGAUCUGGACGGACUUUAUUCAGACUGUCAUCAUGGUUAUUGGUGCCUUUAUCCUCAUGGUUAUGAGUUUUGUUGAAGUUGGUGGCUACAACCCUUUGAUUGAAAAGUUUUUUGCUGCUGUCCCCAAUACAACAAGAGAUGCUGCGCCAAAUGACACUUAUGCAAAGUGUGGCAUUCCCCCAGCAAACUCAAUGAAUUUGAUUCGAUCAAUUGAUGAUGGGUCUCUUCCAUGGCUGGGAGUGAUGGUGGGAUUAACCAUCUCGUCAGUGUGGUACUGGUGUUCAGAUCAGGUUAUAGUGCAGAGAGCUCUAGCUUCCAAGGAUUUGUCUCAUGCUAAGGGAGGCACUGUCCUGGCUGGAUACCUGAAGAUCUUACCUAUGUGGCUAAUUGUGUACCCUGGGAUGAUUGCAAGAAUCCUGUUUCCAGACGAAGUUGGCUGUGCUGAUCCAGAUAUCUGCUAUUCCAUUUGUGGCAGUCGCAAUGGUUGUACCAACAUAGCGUUCCCCUUGCUCGUGAUCCGUCUGCUGCCUCCAGGUCUACGUGGCUUGAUGUUGGCUGUGAUGAUGAGUGCUCUGAUGUCUUCCUUGACUUCCAUCUUUAACAGUGGCAGUACCAUCUUCACCAUGGACAUAUGGAGGAGAAUCCGUAAGCGUGCCAGUGACAUAGAGCUUAUGAUUGUUGGCAGAGUUUUUGUCCUGAUUUUGGUGGUAAUAAGUGUGGUGUGGAUCCCCAUUGUGCAGAGUGUCUCUGAGUUGUUCCACUACAUUCAGGCUGUCACCAGCUUCCUGGCGCCACCUAUUUGUGCUGUGUAUGUCCUGGCUGUAGCAUGGAAGAGAAUCAAUGAGCAGGGAGCUUUCUGGGGUUUGAUGAUUGGACUGGUUACUGGCCUUGCCCGCUUUAUCUGGGAGUACAGCUAUGGGCCUGCUCCCCCAUGUGGAGAAACAUCAGAUAACCCCAUCCCACCCAUCAUUUCCAAGGUCCAUUAUCUCCACUUUGGUAUUCUGUUGUUCUUCAUCAGCGCCAUUGCCACAAUUGUCAUUAGUCUGUUGACAAAGGCAAUCCCAGAUGAGUAUCUGUAUCGCUUGACGUUCUUUACCCGCUUCAGCACAGAGACAAGGAUGGACAUUUCUGAACAAGAGCGGAUUGAUAAUGCUAAACCUGAGAAAGAAGGCGUGGACAACCAGGGGAUGAAAGACAGUGAUAUUAACUUGUCUGUCAUGAAUUCCAAUGGAACAACUGAAAAUACUGUCCAGCCAGAACCUGCUGAGAAGAAACUGCCAUGGUACAAGACUGCAUUCAACUGGAUUUGUGGCAUUGAGAAGAUGCAGGGAGGAGUAGGUGACCUGACCCCUGAACAAAGAGCAGCCAUGGAUGCCAAGCAAAUCUCCAUUGUGGAAGUCCCACUGCACAGACGUAUCUGUAAUGCCAAUGCUAUCAUUCUCAUGGUUGUGGCAACCUUCCUCUGGGGGUUCUUUGCCUGAGAUAAUAUCCAAAAGACUGCAAAACAGUUGUCAUAUAACAAAUAUAACUUGAUGUUUAUUUUACAAACCAGCAUAGUGAAUAAUUUUAGACAUUUCAAAGGAUUUUAUUUUUGGAUUGAGUUAUCAGGAGAUAGAAUGUUAGAGGGCCAGUUAUAAGAAUAAGAUUUAGAGUUCCCUCCAAAGUGUAAGAUAUAUGCAAAAAAGUAUGUAUGCAAAUUCAUAGAUAUUCAUACAUUUUAAAACUUGUGAAUGUGGUUUUGAACUGCUAUAUAGCAUUUUACUCUUUUUGUAGAUUUAUUCUCAAAUAUUUUUGUCAAUUAAGUUUACAGAGAAAUAACUGAUAAAUGAUACUGAAUUAUGUUUACAAAUUUAUUUUAAUUAAGUAACAAAGCAAAAAAACAAAAUUGUAUUAGUAAGAAUGUUUUGGUUGUGAAACAAUUAUUAUAAAAAAUAUUUGAUAUUAAUCAGUUAUCUCUGAACAGUGAUUUUUGGACACUUAUAUCCAUACCUUUUGGUUUUGAUAUGAUUGUAUCUCUACCAACCUGAGUGGUUGUGUUAUCAAUAUCUCUAAAAGGAUAUUUGUAUACCUUCAUUUUAUAUUUUAAUAUAUUAUAUAUACAUAUCUAUGGGUAUUAUAUACAAGACUGUUAUAUACUUUUUAACAUAGUUAUUUUCUGUAAUGUAACAAGUUAUAUACAGACAUACGUAAAUACAUGUUAUAUAUUGCUCUUUAUGUAAAGGAAGUGACAUCAAUUUUAAAUGACACCUUUCUUUUAACCUUUUUUUAGUCUUUGUUAUUUUGAGUUUGGGAUACAUGUAUCUAUGAUAUAAAACAUAUGUACUGAAAACAUUUUACAAAGUCAUGAUAUGCCAUAUCAAGCAACAUGGUUCCAAACCUGGAUAUUUUGCUCUCAUUCUGUAAUAUUUGCAGCCAAUGAAUAUAGUAGUCUUAAGAUGAGGGAGGGAUAGUAACUAGACCUGUAUGGUAGCACAAUGGAAAGGAAAUACUUGACAUUUAAUUGACCUGGUAAGGUAAAAAAAUCAACAAAAUCAAGAUCUGUGGCUAAAAUCAAAUUAUGAUUUUGUGUAAAGGAACUUAUGAACUGGAGGUCUCAUUGAUACUGAUUUGAUGUUGGUUUGAUAAAUGUUUGAAUGGACAAUGAUAUGAUUGUAAUGCAAAUACCUUGCCCUUACAUGACCAUGUUAUAAAGUCAGAACAAUGGGACUAGUCCAUAAUCAGCUUAACACUAUAGCUAGCUGAUAGACUUUGGAUUAUCAAACUUUGUUUCUACUGUGCAUUCUACUGUCUAGUCCAUAAUUUGCUCAAAGCUAAGAAUAACUUAACAACUUAACUAUCAGUUCCCCAUUCAAAAGCAGUAAUUAGAAUUACAAUCAUUGAGUUGAACAUUAUAAUUUAGGAUUUUUUUAGUUGAUUGAGUUUAAACUUUUACUUUAACUAUGUAUUUGCAUUUUAAGCCAUUUCUAGUAAAUUUACCUGAGUACAUGCUGGCAUAUUUUCAAGGUAUAUAGAGGUGUAUUAUUGGAUAGUCAUAUUACCAUAAGAAAGCAUUUAAGUGGCAUUUCUCAAAGUUGCAGUAAAUUUCUUAAAAUGCACCUAAAAACUUGCAAUCAUGGUAUUUAUAAUCAAGUAUUAUUAUAUAUAAUAAUUGAUCACAAAAAUCAAUCAAUUCAAUAAAUACAAUCCACCCUUUUA